GGAUUGUAGAUGUUUACAAUACAUCAAUGCCAACUACAUGGAAUGUGUUGAACAUAAUUUCUUACAUUAUAACAUUAUUUUGCUUUCAGGAAGUACUCGGAUGAUGUUGGAUUAUUUCCGAAGCAUAGGAUUUCCGUGUCCCGAGCUGGAAAACCCAUUGAUGUAUUACUUGUGUUUGGCUACAGUUGACCGUCGUACACGAGAGAGAUUCAUCGAAUCCAGUAACCAGAUCGCAGCUUUAGUUGAUAAAUUUAGAACAGAAGGUGCUCGAUACCGGAAAUACGGAACAGCAGGGCCGGAACCACUUGAUCAGAACGAGGCUCAGUACAAGUUGCCAUUAACUGCUUAUGGCCAGCCCUCUGGUUGGCAGGUCUUCAGGAAUUUAAUGGGAAGAGCCUUUGCAUCCUUGUUUAACUGCAACAACAGCGCCCUCGAGCGGCUGUCAUUAAGAGUGAUGGUGAUGCCGCUGUUCUUCACUUUGCUUUUCUUGUUCUAUUUUCCCAUGGAAACAACUCAGCAAAGUUUUGUCACACGAAACGGACUGAUUUUCAACUGUUUGAUGGGCGUUUCGCUUCUGUCAGCUGCCAUCACUGCCGUUACAUAUGCUCCUCACAGGACUCGUUACUACCAGGAAGCAAGAGAAGGAAUCUACCGAGGACCAAUGUUCAUAUUUAGUUAUAUUCUUUACAGCUUACCACUCAGUUUGAUGACAGUCUGGGCAGCUGCCACAAUCAUAUAUGCAGGGACACGUCUACGUCAAGAGUGGGACCGCUGGGCAGCGUUCUGUGCAGUGUUGUGGACGGUCUAUGUGUUUUCUGAGCAACAGACAAUAUCCUUGAUGAUGUUUAUCCGAAGUUCUUACCGAGCUUUUAUAACCAGCAUCUACAUCCUCAUCCUUUAUAUCACCCUAGCAAGUAGCACUGUCAGAACGAUGACGGCCCUCCCGGAUUGGCUUUACUACGUCAGUUAUGGCAUCAUUUACCGCUACGCUGGAGCUUUUCUCAACGAGAACGAGUUUGACGGCAACGGCUUAUUAGAAAACACUCCUUCAGUGAACGGCAGUGUAAAGAUAUCUUGUCAAGGGAACAACUUAUCGGGCCAUUGUUUCUAUCUGAACGGAAAUCACUAUCUCACCACUAGGUACAACUACGGUAAGGGCACCUACAAUGAAGACCUUCAGUACUGGCUCAACUUUGGAAUGUGUUUCGUUUUCGUCGGUGGAAUGUGGUUGGUCAACACCAUCGUGUAUUUGAUCCCCUUACCCUCCUUUAUUAAGAAAAAGUUCCGUGAUUAAGUUCCCACACCCCUGCGGUGAGAGGGAAGGGGGAGCUUGUUGAGACCAGCUUUUAUAAAUGAUUUUAAUUCUUUUUUUACCGAUAUUUAAUACAAAAGCAAUAUCUUGGUGAGGCGAUACUUUUACCAGACACGUGGAAUACGAGUUAGUCUUAACCAUCGAUGACGUUUCAGUGUCAAUCUAUCAUAUCCUGUGCUUCAAAAGUAUCUGUAUUGUAUUCCAUGUUCAGAGAUUUUACAGAUCGCUUUUAAAUUGAAUAUUUAUUUUAAGUACGUUAACGUAAAUGGUGUAACAUUUGAUAUUUGCUGCCUAUUACUUGAAAAUUGACUGUAUUCUGACAUAAAUGUUUUUUAUAUAUUUUAGGGUUUAAUGUGAUAAUGCUCCUUGUGUACGAAGGUGUCUCCUCGUAUUUUAUGUGAUAAAGUGAUGCUACUUAUUCUUUUUAACCAAAUUUUCAAUAAAAUAAGGUAUUACACAGUUGUUUCUUAAAAUUACUUCUAGUAACUAUUCUGUCACGUAGAUGGCGCUACUACUGCUUUUAAAGAUUCCGUAAUUAAAUAUCAAUUUGUAGCUACCAACAGUACUUCUGAAAGCGAUGGUAUAUUUAUGUCAAUUCACGAAGAGUGAAUUGGUACUCUUCUACGUCUUCCUACACUAGGUCCAACGCUAUAAUUCGGGUUUCGAUACCGUGGUGGGCAGAGCCCAUUGUGUAGCUUUGUGCUUAAUUACAAACAAAGCUACACUAGGUGUGGUGUAUAUAUCAUAUCUAUUGUUACAUCUGGUGAUGCAAUCCCCCAAAUCAAACCAUAGACCUUCCAAUCUGCAGGCCGUCACGUACAGCCAUGUUCCACCUAUAUGGUGUA